AUGGCCGAGAAGGAAUCGUAUGCGAAAUUCACGAGUAUAAUCGACCAAAUAUUUGAUAACGUGGAGGAUUUGGAUAUCGUGGGCGGGGCUGAGGACGAAGAGUCGGAGAUACCUCAAGAUUUAUUAAUUGACAAGCAUCAGCUGGAAGAGUUGAGGCGAGAGGCACAGAAAUUGAAGUCUUGGAAGCGGAUUAAUAAGGUAAAUCCGGAUCGUUUGGUGAAAUUAUUGACGAUACUAGAGAAGAAUAUAAGAGAUGUAAUCGCAGUCGAAGGAGGACAGCCCUUAAUACCGUUUUUUGAUGAGGUAUACAUUGAAGAUACUAUCGAUCGUUCGAUACAAUUGUGUAAGCAGUUUCUGCAGCAUAUUGUGUAUCCAUCGGCGGAUGUCUUAUGCAGGUCACCAUCGAAGGCAAGGAAGGCUGAUGACAAAAAGCGUCGAAAAGCGCAUAGUCAAGCCAGAGCGUUGACAUUGCAGAAGGUUUACGCGCGUAUCACUGAGCUGGUGGGGUGUUUUGCGGAGUUGGUGCGGACACAGCCGUUGACAGAUACGGCAGUGUUACAUUUGUGUACGGUGGGGUGCGGUCCGUUCUUCGUGGAUAACACCGGGGAGUUGCAGUUGCAGGCGAUUAAGUUGUUGUCGGCGAUUUGCGCGAGGUAUGAGGAGUUCAGAACGACGAUUAUUCAGGAUUUAUUAAAUUCGUUGCAUCGACUUCCGUCAACGAAGAAUGCGAAGAAUAGUUAUCGAAUGAGCGCAGAGGAGUGGGUCGGUAAUCUGACGGUGUUGGUAAUGCAGUUGGUGCAGUCGGUGGUGAAGAUACCGAGGCGUCGACGUACCGAAGAGAGUCAACACGGAACCGAGCGGGAGGGUGGGAAUGGAGAGGAGAUAAAUAGUAAUAGUAAUAGUAUAAAUAAUCCGGACACGGUCGUGAAAGAGUCCUUCAGACAGGCGCAGAGUAUGGCGAAAAUGUUCUUGAGUGGUUUUUUGGGAAAGUCGAAGAAUAUCGAUAUGUCGUUGAGGGUGGCUUGUUUGGAUUAUUUGGGCACGAUAACGGCACGGCAUCGGAAAGAUUUGCAGUUGGCAGUGAGUGACGAGGUGAGGUUGGAUAUGGUGGUGAAGGUGCUCGUGUUUGAUGAGCUGGGCGAGGGGGAACAGCCGGCUGACGUGAACGCAGUGGAUAUUAGUCAU